AUGCAUCAACAAUUGUUGGAAGUUACAGAGUAUGAUGUUAUUAUUCUUGGAACUGGUUUGAUAGAAUCGAUUCUUGCGGGUGCUUUAGCAAAAAUUGGAAAAUCAGUUUUACAUAUGGAUACAAAUAAUUAUUAUGGUGGAAGUUGGAAUUCGCUUAAUUUCAGAGAAUUACUAGAAUUAAUAAAUAGUUUACAAGGUUUAGAUUCUGAUUCUGAUGAAAAUACUCAAGAAAGAAAAAGAGCUUUAACCAUUGAUUUUAUCAAAGCUCGACGACAAGCCUACUCAUCUAUUGAAUAUGAAAUUUAUUCUAAACAACAAGAUGAAAUAAUACACCAUGUUUCAAAAACCUUAUCAAGCUUUGAACAAGUUGAGACAUUGGCUUCCUUGCUUAAAGAAUCAAGAUUAUAUUAUUUAGAUUUGGCUCCUAAAUUAGUUCCUUGUCGUGGUGAAUUAGUCGAGCUACUAAUAACUUCUGGUGUUGGAAGAUAUAUUGAAUUCAAAGCUUUAGAUAAAACAUAUAUUUAUUCCGAGAAAGAAGAUAAUUUUGAUAAGGUUCCUUGUUCGAAAGAAGACGUUUUCACUAGUCAAACAAUACCUUUGAUUGAUAAACGAAAAUUGAUGAGGUUUUUAUAUUUUGCAUUAGAAUAUGAAAAUUCACCAGAAACAUACGAAGGCAAGCUAUCUUUUUAUUUAUUUAUAUGCACGUGUUAUAGAGAGAAAACUUUUAUCAGUUUUCUUCAUGAAAAAUUUCAAAUUCAAGAUAAAUUGUUAUCAGCAAUAUUGUAUUCGAUAGCUUUGAUUCGAACAGAAGCUGAUGUUGUAAAUACUUUAGAAGGUUUAGAGAUGACUCAUAGAUAUUUGAAAUCAAUUGGUCGGUAUGGAAAUGCUGCUUUUUUGGUAGCGCUUUAUGGAGUUGGUAGUGAAAUUGUUCAAGGAUUUUGUCGGGUUUGUGCUGUAUAUGGUGGAAUAUAUAUGCUUGAUCAUCCUGUAAAACAUAUUUUAAUUGAUGAGAAUACAAAAAAAUUUAACAGUUUAAUUGAUGUUAACGAUCAACAACUCUCUUCGACCCUUUUAAUCACAUCAAUUGACUAUAUCCCGAUUAAUAUCAUAGAAGAAGUUAAAGAUACAUGGGAAGUAACUUCUCGUGCUAUUGUAAUAAUUGAUGGUUAUUUACAUCAAGAUUUUGGUGCCAAUAUGACUAUUUUCCCACCAAAUUCUGUUAAUAAUAAUAAAUAUUCAAUUACUGUUCUUCAUCAAUCAUUUUUAACACAAACAUGUCCCGAAAAUAAAUGUGUAUUACACUUAUCAACUAAAGCUAAUAAAAACAGUGCAAAAGAAGAUUUAUUUUGUGCUUUAGAAAAAUUAAUUAAUAUUACAAAUAGUGUCAACAGAGGCAAGUACCAAAAAAAAAAAAAAAUUACAACCAUAAUCAUUACAGUGAUUAUCUAA